AUGAUUCCAAAAAAAUUUACAACUGCCAAAAAAUUUAAUGGAAAUGGAAUUCACCAGUUGAGGCAUUCAUUUUAUUGGUUUUGUGUUAGUGUGUUUCUGCUUUUUGAGUUGAAAAUUAUCGAGGGUUAUUUUCUUCGAAGAUUAACUUAUCGACUCUUUCCUGAUUUUUUAAUUUAUUUGAUUGAGUAUGCUGCUCUUUUUGUUACUGUUGCUAAUGCUGUUUUCUGCUUUGUUGUUUAUUUGGCUUUUAUUUACAAAUUGUUUAUUGCUCAAAUUUUGUCAGAAAAGUCUAGAUUGGACGCUCAAAAACUUAAAAGUGAUGACUCUCGAGCUUUAGAUGAAUCCGUUCGGGCAGACUGUAUCCAGUCUUUGUUUGCGUUCACUUCAGAAUUCUUUCGUCUUUCGAGCCUGCCUCAACAACCGCAAAAGGAUUUGAAUUUUACAUUUUCCACUUCCGCUACUGAUAGUUUGAGAAACUCUUCACUUUCAUCACUGGUUGGUUAUCGCGAUUCGCCACUUAACACAAGCGUUACAAGUGUUCACACAACUUCACAACUUCGACAAUUGCUUGAAAAUGAAACUUGUGAUUCAGUAAUCGAUCCAUCUGAUUGUACUGCAUUUUUCAAUCGGGAUUUUGAUUCCAAAUUUUUCUAUUACCCUGGUAUCGCUAAUUCUGCUGAUUUGAAAUCUAAUUUGGCUCUUGAUGCAAUUAAAUCAUUUAUUUCUGACUCUGAGGAUGCCACAGAGCAGCGUAGACCUUUGGCAACUGAAAGAAGGACUUAUCGCCGCUCCUUCUCUGCUACUGAUCCUGUACCAAAGGUUUAUGUCGAGACACGUCUUAAAGAGAUUCUCAAUGUUUACGAAUUAAAUGAAGCUGAUUUGGAACUCUACGAACUUAAAUUGAGAAUUUGGCUUUGCAAUACAAUUAUAAAACCUUUGAGUGAAAAAAUUAAUGAAAUGAAUUCUGAAUUGGCCGAAAAACAUGCAAACAUGAACAUUACGUUAGGGCAAACGCCAAUCGAUUUAAUUCAAACUGCAAUGGCGCAUCGAACAGAUUUGUGCAACACGUUUUUGCCAUUUAUUAUACCUUAUAUAAGAGUUCAUCAAAAUCAACAAUAUGUUGUCAAUAGGAUUCAUUCUUUUUCGCAAAAUAUUGCGCUUCAGGAAUACAAAUGGAAUUCUGGUGGUGAUACUAUUGCUAGAGACGAAAAAGAUGCUUUCUCUCGAAUUUUGCCAUGGAAUGAACAACAAAAGCUUCUGACAGAUGUUGAACUGAUUUGGCAUCUUUUUUGUACUUAUAUGGACUUUCACCUAUCUCCCUGUUCAAGCGCAUUCUCUGCAUUCUCAUCUGAUAUUGGAAACAAACCUUUCAGUAAUUUGUAUUGUGCAAAAUGCCCUUCAAGUUCAACCACGCCUGUCACAAUUUCAUCCUCAAAUUUAACUGAUUUAUUCCCUCCCGCAAUUGUUGCUAAAAAACAGAAACAAAAUUUGUUGCGUGGUGAAGAUGCUUCCUGUCAAAAUAUCGAGGAUGAUGGAGAAUUUUUUAUACGAAUGAAUGAGACAACUCCCCCAACCUUUGAAUUUGUUAUUGAUGGUGGUGUAACUGUAUUUCAACCUUCAAAAGGAACAUCACAAAAUUUUUGGAUUGUACUUAUACUUUUCCUGGCUCAUUUGAAGAAGUUUGCACGAAGCAGAAUUGGUGGACAUAUUCAUUUGACGGCAUUUAAUUUGGAUAUUUUUUAAUUAUUUUUUUAUUUGUUAGAGACGUAUGGCUCAGGGAUGUCGUGGGUUACGCGAAACUGAUUCGAAAAAUCUUUGAAAACUCGACUCGACUUUUUUCCUCUUAAUCCUACUAGCUGAUCCGACCCUAGACUUUGACAAGACCCGAAUCCGGAUUUUUUGACCCGACCCGACUUUUUUCAACCCGUGACAUUUCUGGUAUG